ACUCGUCAAAUCAUGAAAUCAAACAUCGAACGUCCUCGUAAAUAAAUUUAAACGCACAUUUGAAUUUGAAACGUAUUAAUAAUUAAUAUUAGCCGAGUACCGGACUCCUUAGUUUACCACUUUUUUUUUUUUAUCGUAUAUUAAUCCGUAGUAUUAGAUUAGCGUUCUACUGACAGUCCUGAUUCCUGAAUAUUAUUCCCUAAAUAGGAUACCGUGAUAUUAGAAACCGUACAAAACUUACCCUGCUGCCUGCAUAGAUCGACCAUCUGCCUGUCUGACAUCCAUCGAUUAUGGGUGAAUUUGUGGCACACCAUUUCCUCAGGUGCCAUUCAAAGUCCGACAAUGAUUCGGCUGACGUCUCCACACAGGUGUGGUAUGCGGCGUUCGAGCCGUCCAACAAGUCCCACUUAGUGGCCACAUGUGGUGGCAACAAGGUCUGUGUUAUCGAUGUGGAGACUGGAAUUGUCCAGUUUAGAUAUACCUAUCUCAAAGGACUGUUGUAUACAUUAUCUUGGAGUACAGCAUGCCCCCGCAAUAAUAUAUUGGCCACUGGCGGGACUAACAAUACAAUUGUGCUCAUAGACUUGUUAUCCAAAUCAGCAUACCUUCACUACAGUUUGUUCCAAGGGAACAAUAAAAAGAUAUUUAUUAGUUCCAUUUUAUUUCAUCCUUCCCAAAAUAUAUUGUUUUGUGCAUUAAACAAUGGAUACUUAUACAUCCUCCAAUUUGAAACUGAUGAUAGUCGUAUCAUAAAUCUUGAAAACCGAUACAACAUUGAUCUCAAGUGCGAAAUUUUUGGAUUAGCGUUUUGUGAAAUAAAUGAUUAUUUACUCAUUGCCACUAAUGUUGGUUUAAAAGGAUGGGAUAGCUCUCAGAGCCAGGAUCAAGAACUAUUAGAUUUUGAACUUCCCAAAAAUCCUAAUGAAAUGUACAAAGAUCAAAAUGAAAAUGUGAUUGAUUCAAUAGAGAUUGUUAAAGACAGUUGGAUUGCCACUAAAGUGGCACUGCAUGGAGUUAUAUACAUUUUCAAUCUAGAUGCAGUGUUGUCAAAAACUAAGGACAACAGGUGUUUAGUAAAACCAACUUAUAUACUUCAAUGGAGUGAUACAGACAACUAUUUUAUGAGCUGUAGUGUUGGACUUGAUGGCAAGCUCUUAGCGUGUGGGGAUGAUAGGGGUAGCGUAUGGAUUUACAACCUGAAGGACUUAGCCUUCAAAUCUUCAACAAGUGAUUCGAAGGUCAUUACUGUCAAUUCAGUAUUGAAAUGGCCCAAACUUGAAGACAAGUUUUUGAAAAAGAAAAAGAAAUUGGAAGUAGAUGUUUAUGACAUAGUAAUGGCUAAAUGUGCUGUGCACUAUAGUGGCAAAUAUCUUGUAGCUGUAACUAAUAACAAUUUAGUUUGUUUGUAUAAGAAAUCAACAGUAAAAAAAUUAAAAUGA